GUUCGAUUCAUGGCACAUCAUCUUCUAAAGCACUGAUGUCGCUACGUAUCGGGAUUUGCUAAUAAUUUGGCAUUUUGCUUCAAGGAAUUUAAGCGCCAGCAGCCUUACAGUGAAGGCCCUCCCCCAUACUGAAUAUGGACUUAGCCUGUGAGGCACACCUGCUGGUGGUCCUGAUCACCUGCCUGGCCUUACAGUCCUGGGCCCAGGAGAAGGACUACACAGUGCGGGAGGAGCUGUCUGAGAACGUACGCAUCGGAAACCUGCGCAAGGACCUGGACCUGGCCCUGGACCCCAGCGUUAAGUUGUCUUCUCCGCUGCAGUUCAAGCCCGUCUACAAGACCGGCGACGUGCCUUUGGUGCGUGUGGAGGCCAACACGGGAGAGAUUUUCACCACCUCCAACCGCAUCGACCGCGAGAAGCUCUGCUCGGGCAUCUUCAACGAGAAGCGCUGUUUCUACGAGCUGGAGGUGGCCGUGCUGCCCGACGAGAUCUUCCGCCUGGUGAAGAUCCGCUUCCUCAUCGAGGACAUCAACGACAACGCGCCCUUGUUCCAAUCCACCGUCAUCAACAUCUCCAUCCCGGAGAACACGGCCGUUAAUUCCCGCUACCCCGUCCCGUCUGCUGUGGACCCAGAUGUGGGGAUCAAUGGGAUUCAGCACUACGAACUUGUGAAGAGUGUCAGCGAAUUUGGACUGGAUAUCAUCGAGACCCCGGAGGGGGACAAAUGGCCGCAGCUCAUCGUCCAGCAGAACUUAGACCGUGAACAGAAGGACACCUUUGUGAUGAAGAUCAAAGUGGAAGACGGAGGGACUCCCCCGAAGUCCAGCACUGCCAUCCUACAGGUCACCAUCUCUGAUGUAAAUGACAACAGGCCGGUGUUCAAGGAGAGUGAGAUUGAAGUGAACAUUCCAGAAAAUGCCCCCGUGGGCACGUCAGUCACCCAGCUCCAUGCAACGGAUGCUGACCUAGGCUCCAAUGCACAGAUCCACUUCUCCUUCAGCAACCAGAUAUCCGCAACUACCAAACGGCUCUUUACAAUCGACAGCAACACUGGCCUGAUCACAAUUAGGCAGCCACUGGACAGGGAGAUGACUCCGGUUCACAAGCUCAUCGUCCUGGCUAGUGAUGGAAGCUCCACACCAUCGCGGGCGACAGUGACGGUCAACAUCACGGACAUUAAUGACAACGUGCCGUCCAUAGACACCCGUUACAUCAUGAACCCCAUUAAUGGUACCGUCCUGCUGUCUGAAAACGCCCCCCUUAACACUAAAAUAGCCCUGAUUACCGUGACAGACAGGGACGCUGAUCUGAACGGGAAAGUGACUUGCUACACUGACCAUGAUGUUCCCUUUAGGCUGAAGCCCGUGUUUGACAACCAGUUUCUGCUAGAAACGGCUGCUCCUCUAGAUUAUGAGACGACCAGAGAAUAUGCGAUUAAGAUUGUGGCCUCGGAUUCAGGAAAGCCCCCCCUGAACACUUCAGCUAUGGUCCUCAUAAAGAUAAAAGAUGAAAAUGACAAUGCUCCCAUCUUUCCUCAGCCUGAAAUUCAGCUGUCCAUCCCAGAGAACAAUGACCCUUCGACGCAGCUGAUAAAAAUCAGCGCCACAGAUGCGGACAGUGGCCGGAAUGCCGAAAUAACUUAUUCCCUGGGCCCUGACCCACCUGAAGGCUUUAACAUCGAUCGGCGGUCAGGAAUCCUUUCUGUCGGGAAAAGGCUUGACAGGGAAAAGCAGGAGAAGUAUGCAUUCACUGUCAUUGCCCGGGAUAAUGGCUCCCCUGCUCUACAGAAUAAUGUGACGGUGAAGGUGAUGGUCCAGGACAUUAACGACAAUAGCCCAGCCUUCACUCACCCCGAGUAUAACUUUUACGUGCCUGAAAACCUGCCCCUGUAUGGUACUGUGGGCUUAAUCACAGUCACGGACGCAGAUGCCGGUGACAACGCGGUGGUCACCCUCUCCAUUCUGAAUGGCAAAGACAAUUUCAUAAUUGAUCCAAAAACCGGCGUGAUAAAACCAAACAUUACAUUUGACAGGGAGCAGCAGAGUUCCUACACCUUUGUGGUGAAGGCAGUGGAUGGCGGUAGGCCGCAGAGCACCUCUUUCGCUAAAGUCACGAUAAAUGUUGUUGAUGUGAAUGACAAUCGACCUGUGUUUGUCAUACCUUCGUCCAACUACUCCUACGACCUGGUCCAGUCCACCACCAGCCCUGGGUCUGUGGUGACAAGAGUCUAUGCCAUAGACAAUGACACAGGUAUGAAUGCAGAACUACAAUACAGCAUUAUUGGUGGAUCUCAAAGGGGCCUGUUUGCCAUAGAUAAAACGACCGGUAACAUCACGCUGCAGGAGAAGAUUGUUGCUGCUGAUCAAGGCUUACACAGGUUGGUGGUGCAGGUCAAAGACCUGGGACAGCCGGAGUCCUUGCAUGCAAUUGCCCUCGUCCACUUGUUCGUGAAUGAGACUGUGUCCAAUGCUUCUUUCAUCCAAGAGCAGCUACGCCGGAGCAUGGAGACCCCGUUGGACCGCAACGUUGGGGACACUGAGGUCACACCCCAGGCUAACGGCUAUGUCAUUGUGGUCAUCGCCAUCAUCGCAGGCACAAUGACCGUCAUCCUGGUCAUUUUCGUGACCGCCCUGGUGCGCUGCCGCCAGACGCCCAGGCACAAGGUGGUCCAGAAGGGUAAGCAGAGCGGCGAGUGGGUGUCACCCAACCAGGAGAACCGGCAGAUCAAAAAGAAGAAGAAGAAAAAGAAGAGGUCGCCCAAGAGUCUGCUGCUGAACUUCGUGACCAUCGAAGAGUCAAAGCCAGACGACCCCACCCACGAGCACAUCAACGGCACCCUGGACCUCCCGGUGGAGCUUGAGGAGCAGACGAUGGGGAAGUACAACUGGGCCACCACUCCAUCCACCUUCAAACCAGACAGUCCAGACUUGGCGAAGCACUACAAGUCUGCUUCUCCUCAGCCUACCUUCCAGAUAAAACCAGAGACCCCAGUCGCACCCAAGAAGCACCAUGUCAUCCAGGAGCUGCCCUUGGACAAUACCUUUGUGGUGGGCUGUGACACACUUUCCAAGUGCUCCUCCAGCAGCUCCGACCCCUACAGUGUGUCUGAGUGCAGCUGUCAGGGGGGCUUCAAGGCGGCUGGGCAAAUCCACACCCGACAGGAGACGGCACUGAAACCACCACUCUAUGGCACACUGUGUGGCGCAGGUACAGCUCGCUCCCACAGGAUAAAAAUCAAUCUCUAGCUGCCAAUACCUAGAGAGGGAGGAGGUCAAAGACUGAAGAGGUGACACACACUUUAAAGGUUCUACAGCCUAAGACAAGACCUAGAGAGGAUCGCCCCUUUUUUUAAUUGAAAGAAAAAUAAGAAAAAUACCUGAAACGAAACAUGUCUUGCUGCCUACUUGAAGCUUGUCAGAACUCUUAUAGUGAAUUUAUCGGGGUCUUGAAUUGCACUGUUCAGCUUCCCCUAUGCCUCGCUUGCCUGCGUCACAUGUGUUGGCACAGAAGAAAAAGCCGUAUUAAGCGGUUUUCCCACCCAGUAAAUAACAAACAUUACAACCACAAUGAUGUAAAGAUUGUUUAUAUGUAUGUACAUAUGUUUGUAUGUUUGUAUAUUUACCACAGUCAUAGUUAAAAACUCUCUCAACCCACUGGUUUUGCUUUGAACUUUGACCUUUUCACCUGUUUUUUUUUUUUUUAUUCACCUGUCCAUUAUCAUAGGACUGGCACUCUGUUCUUAAUCACAGAUCAUGUGACCAAUGAUGUCACACUCCGGCCCACAUGACUGCUCUGUAUGUGUAUGUGUAGCCCCACUCUCCCACUCUGCGUGACACUGCUCCAGUCUAGUGGACAGUGCGGUUAGCAUUAGUAUGCAUAGCCUUCAUUAGGAAGUAGCAACAGACUACAUUACCUAACUGCUGUGCCACUGGUGGUCAGGGGAUUCCAGUGGGGACUCACAGGGAUAAAAGAAUUUGUAAUGCUUUGAGCUAAGCCAUGUUUUGAAGCACUGCAGGCUUGGUUCGGAAGCAACAGAUGUUACUGUAUGACUGUAGAGUAGGAUUCCGAGGUCUCUAUGUCUUCACAGUAUCAAGAAGGUUCUUCAUGUACAUGUGAUGUAGACAGCCGCCAAACCAUUUGCCAAAAAUAAUCUAAUUCAAUCAGCGUGAUGUUUUUAAUGAUAUUCAAGAUCAAGGCAUUAAUUCUGAAUGGAAAACCUCAGGCGGUCUGUAAUAAGAUGCUGUAUGACUCAAGCAAAAGGACCUGGUUGUAUGCACUUGUUUACUCAUUUAUUUAUAUUGAUAUUAUUUAUUAAUUUUAAAUAAAGAAUUGCAAAUAAUAUAUUGAGCACCAAAAAAUUUAAUAAGCACCCAGGCUCCAUACGACAGCAAUAAGUUGUUUCAGUGAGGAUUCAUUAUGAAAAAUAUAGACCAGGUACACAUAAACAUUAGAUUAAAUUUUAAGUUUGUGACUUCUGCUUUUUUGAAUAAAAUAAUGGAAUUAUUUACAUAAAUAAAUACAAUAUAAUAUAUUUUAUGUAUAUAAAGGCUAUCUUUACACAUCAAAGAAACACACAAUCAUAUGCUACUUUUGAGACACCAAAACUCAUGGAGUAACAGAAUUGAUCAGUGCACAUGUAACUAAAUAUGCUUGAUUUAAUGGGGCCACAUUGUUGUACAAUCAGUAAUCAGUUUAUCGUGGCCUACAGACUGCUUUGGUAGAAUGGCUCCCUGCAGCAGUAAAAUGGCUUCCUGUGAAGUGAAAUAGAUUUAGGGAGAAUGAUCUGUUUGUUUCCUCUAAGUAGGAUUUCAGCUGUAUGGCUUUUGCAUAGGAGUAACUAUGUGUGUCCUGUCGGGACACCUCACUGUAAAUUACAUCAUGGGAUUUGCCUGAUAUUGUGGAGAAAAAAAAAAAAACACAAUGAGCUUUUUUUCCUUUUCUUUUCGUUGUUGUUGUUGUUGCGUAAGGGAGAGGAAGAAAGGAUCCUCACCCGGGUUUCAUGUGAAGUAAAAUAUGCACCUUAAACAAUCUUUGUAUAUGAAUUUGAUUUGCCAGUGUGUGAAGAAAACAUGAAAUGUGCUUAAAAUGUUUUUGUUUAUGUAUGUUUGGGCUUAUGAAUUUAUUAAAGUCUUUUGCAUUGUAUAACACA